AUUCUAAAAUAUUUCUGGCAUUGAGCAGUAUGAUGACGGGCGCCUAGUGACUACAACCAGCUACGUUAGCUAACGAACAAAAGUUAUCAGAAUAAAUUUGUUUAGCUACCUAGAUCGUUAACUACCGUCUGUAUCCUAAAUUAACCUGAACGUGGCCCCGAUUCUGAUUUUCAGGUUGAAGGAAGCUAGGUUGAAGAUACCGUAUCCCUGAAAACCGGAUGUUUUUGGUUUUCAACCAUCGCGCUGAGGGUGCCGACUACCUGGCGAACGUUAAUUUUUUAUUUUGUUUUAUUUAACCUUCAUUUAAUUAGGCAAAUCAAAUAAGAACAAAUGUGUAUUUGCAAUGACAGUCUACACCGGCCAAACCCGGACGACGCUGGGCUAAUUGUGCGCCGCCCUAUUGGACUCCCAACCACGGCCGGUCGUUAAACAGCCUGCUCUGCACCAUUAUGAAUUUGUUGAUGGGGGAGGGUAUUCGUAAAGUCUGCCAACUAUUCCUUGUGGCCUCCUCACGUUUGCAAAAUGAAAACGAGAAACUGAAGACCAAGGUGGAGCAGAUGGAUGAAUAUAUGCAGGAAAUUACUGAAAAGGCUGAACAUUAUAGAACGUCUCUGGCUAAAGUGGAGGCUGAACCGAAAGUACAGACGCCAACCCAUGUUCUGCACAACGGAAUGAUCUUUGCAAUAAAACCAGUUGAUCUCCCAUUGUUGCCUGGAAUGACAGCGGCUUCAGCAUUUCCAGGGAAUGUCAGUCAGGCAAACACAGUCACUAAUGCAACAUCCGUCUGUGCAGGUCCUGCCAAAGUUUGCAGUAAACCUACAGAGACGACUUCAUUGGAGUAUGACUCAUCUCUGGGAGACACACAUGGACUGAAUACAGAGCCCUCACCAAGAGAUACUGAAUCCAACAUUGAGCAUAUGAGAGCUGCUCUUCCAGAGGGCACUGACAACGGUAGAGACAGCCAUGAAAGACAUAAAAACAGUAAUAUUACUAAUGGGACAGGAUCCACAGAAAACAAACGCUUCAAGUGUGAUGUUUGUGAGAAGACAUUCAGCAAGAAAGAGUUGCUGAGAGUUCACAAGCUAAUCCACACAAAACCUUUCAAGUGUGACAUUUGUGAGAAGACCUUCAGCAGGAAAGGGUUACUGGAAGGUCAUAAGCUAAUUCACACAAGACCCUUCACCUGUGAUGUUUGUGACAAGACCUUCAGCCUGAACCGCAUGCUGUUACGUCACAAGCUAAUUCACACAGGAGAGAGGCCAUUUGCUUGUGGUCAAUGUGGCAAAACUUUCAGAAUGUCCAAGCAGCUUGAACGUCACAUGUUGCAUCACAAAGAAAACAAUUUCAGUUGCAAAGUCUGUGGAAAUACAUUCUCUACCAAGACAGAUCUGACACAACAUCGGCUAGUUCAUGCAGUGGAGAGACCGUUCAAGUGCCUGACUUGUGGAAAGGGUUUCACAAAAAGGACCAUACUUAUGGGGCACGAGAGAAUCCACACCGGUGAAAAACCAUACAGCUGUGCUGAAUGUGGGAAGAGUUACAGACAGUCUUAUGACCUAAGAAUUCAUAUGCGAAGACAUACAGGUGCAGACAUACGUCCACACUUAUGCUCAGAGUGUGGUAAAAGCUUUAGGACAAAAUCUGUCCUCGAAAAGCACAAGCGAAUUCAUACAGGGGAGAAGCCAUUUAAAUGUGAGACCUGUGGAACUGCUUUUGGCCAUAAAGGAAACCUUGUGCGACACCAAGUGCUUCACACGGGGGAGAGACCAUACAAAUGUAAAGUGUGUGGGAAAAGCUACCCUCAGUCCACCGACUUAAAAGCUCACAUGCACCGUCAUGGGGCAACCAAACCUUUUAUGUGUGACCUAUGUGGAAAGACUUUUAUUUACAAUUACCAAAUGAGACAACAUAAUCUACAAUGGCACAUGGCUGAAGGAGAUAAGGUUCCUGGGAGAGAAGGAACAUCAACAAAGCCAUUCAGUUGCAAAAUAUGUUUGAAUGGCUUCAGCUCCAUGCUAACUUUGAAAAAGCAUAAAGAAAUUCACACAGGACAAAAGCAAUAUUCUUGUUCCAUUUGCGGAAAGACCAUUGCAUAUAAAAAUGCUUUUGACUAUCACAUGAGAGUUCACAGUGGAGUGAAGCCCCAUGAAUGUAAAUACUGUGGAAGGAAAUUUAUUCUGAAGCAAGCUCUUCAAGGACAUGAGCGGACCCAUACAGGUGAAAAACCCUUCAAAUGCAGUUAUUGUGACAAGACUUUUGCAGUCAACACCAAUCUGAAAAGGCAUGAGCGAAUCCACACAGGAGAGAAGCCAUUCAAAUGUGAUGUUUGCGGGAGAGGUUUCAGUCAAGCCAACAAUGUUAAAGCCCACAUGCAAGUCCACACUGGAGUUAGGCCUUACUAUUGCAAGAGAUGUGGAAAAGGCUUUUCUGACAUAAGACACUACAAAAACCAUAGCUGUGAUGGUGUGGCUGUUACACGCACACACUGUGAUGGUGAUAAUUAUUGUAAAUCUUCUGACGGCACUUUCAGAAGUAGGAAAGGAGGUAGACAGGAGUGCUUGCCAUAAUGCUGCUGUUGUGUAGACUCCGUGAUAUUAUCUACAGACUAGACUACAGUGGUGCAACUUCCUGCUUACAGAUGUCAUGAACAAUGGGGAUUUAUUCAGUAGUGUGAAAUGUUCUCGGGUGAGUGUCUGGAAAGCCUUGUAUGAAAUUAGAUAUGUGCUUGCUGUAGUGCUUGGAGAUCUUGCUAUAAAUCAAAGGGUUAAUGUU